GGCGGGGCGCAGCUUUGCGGAGCCUUAGCGCAGGGCUGGGGAGGGGGGGCGGCCGAAAGGGGGGCGGUGGUCGGGCCGCGCAGGCGGAGAUGGAAUGGGGCCCGGGCUCAGACUGGUCACGGGGGGAGGCUGCCGGCGUGGACCGUGGGAAGGCGGGGCUGGGGCUCGGCGGGAGGCCACCCCCGCAGCCGCCCCGGGAUGAGCGCGCCCAGCAGCUGCUGGAUGCGGUGGAGCAGCGGCAGCGGCAGCUCCUGGACACCAUCGCCGCCUGCGAGGAGAUGCUGCGGCAGCUGGGCCGCCGGCGCCCGGAGCCGGCUGGUGGCGGGAACGUCUCAGCCAAACCUGGAGCACCCUCCCAGACAGCUGUCUCCGCCAGAGGUGGCUUUCCAAAGGAUGCCGGCGAUGGAGCUACGGAGCCCUGACCAUCCCCGAGCCGGGCGCCCUGACUUCUCUCCCUCCCCAGGGCUGGUAGCUGGACUGUGAACAACUCCCUUUCAAUAAAGGGGCCAGUCUUCACUGGCAGUGGCUGGUACUUGGCUCUCAGCCGGGGUGGCAGCUCUGCUAGCAGCUGGGUUCACUCCCACUUCAUCCUGGCUGAAGGCAGUGCUGAGCUCUGAAAUGUAGCCAACGAAUACCCAGUCUGAUUACCCAGAUUUGGGCAGACCAGCAGUGCUCGCCAGAGUGGUUUGGCCUGCUUUGGGGGAUCCAGGUCGUGUUACAUGUCCAUUUCAUGCUUUGGGGGCUCCUAGCCCCACAAAACACUUUUAGCAGAGCCUUGAUUAAAAGGAAACCUGCAGACUCUCCUGGUGACCGACCUUUCCUUUCUGUCCCCUCUCUAAAACUCUGACGGCUGGGGAGGGGGUGAAGUGGUUGAAAAUUGUCAACCAUGGGUAGGGUUGGGAAGAAAUGCCACAGAUACUACCAGAUUUAAAUAAGCAUUUAAUUAGGAUUUCAUUAGUAUUUAAUAUUGCUUUUUCAAUUCCAAAAAGUUAAAUUUUCACUUCUUAGCAGAUAUUUUAAAGUACAAUAUUAAGUUUAUACAAAAUGAGCAAUUAAGCAAACACCAUUGUUUCACAUUCUUCAAAAAUACAAAUUCAUAUUUAUUCUUUUUUGGGUUUGGAGGUUUCUUCCUUUGGAAGUACUGAACCUGUAACGUUUUCAUAUCGCUCAGUGGAAGUCUGUUGUUCCCAUGUUUCACACUUAAAUAAAUUUGAUAGGCUUUUACAUAAUCCAAAUAAAAAUAUUUGGGAUUUAACCAA